CAACACAUUACUAUACCUAGUGUCACGAUGAUACUUGAGGAUUUUACUUUAAACUGUGCUGGACUUGUUGAAACAUAUACUUUAAUCUAUGUGAAGAUUUCAUCCUGAUGUGUUUAUUAUUUUUAGGGUAGUAACUAAACUUAUUGUCACAAUGAGACCUUAGGAGUUUGCCUUAAACUGUGCUGGACUAUGCUGUGUUGAAAUAAAUACAUAUACUUCAAUCUGUGUCAAGACUUCUUCAUGAUUGUGUUUGCUAUUUUUAAGGUAGUAACGUGUACUAGUGCUGAAUUAGCUACCCUGACACUUGGUAUCUAAAUGCGGACUUAACAGUAUCGACAUCAACAUUAGCGUAUCAUCAACAUUAGCGUAUCAUCAACGUAAAUGUAUCAACAAUUAGGGAGUAGAAUGUAGCAACGAUCUUUCCGUCAGAAAAUCCAGCUUUACUUCGAUACGUCAUGUUUUGAUAGGAGGCCGUUAACUCAAUUUUGCAACUUUCAAAAUGUGGCGCCUCUCAAAAAAAUUACGUCCAUGCAAAUAUAUUUUCAGAGGAUGUAUUAUAAUUACAAUCGUUUGUGUCGUUAUUGGGUUGCUUGUUUUCAACACUUUUAUUUUAUUUUCGUUAAUGCAAGUAAAGCAUCUGAUCAGUGAUUUUUCGUCAUCACGUCUGUCAAUUAUGGACACUCUUGCCGGAUAUAACGCAUUCCGACACAUUGUCGCCCAAGGAAAGAACGAGGGAUUUAAAUAUCUCAUUGACAACACUAUUGGGAGGAUUUAUAUGGAGCAUGAAUCAGAAAACUGUGGAAAAACAAUCAGCAGACUGGGGUUUGAUGUGUCUAGUGCAGGUGAGUUUCUCUUCAUAUUCCAACAGAUGCAACGUCAGAAAUCCGAGCCAUGGAAAAAGCUAGUUGUGGACAUUGGAGCAAAUGAUGGGCUGAUGUCCAGCAAUUCGUUUAACUUCAUACAAGUGGGUUGGAGUGCCAUUCUAGUAGAACCUCAGAGAGACCAGCUGGAUUUAGCGAAGAAAAACCAUAACGGACUGACCAACCGGCAACAAGACCAGAGUGUCCAGUAUGUUCAUGCUGUGAUAAGUGAUCAUGAUGGUCAAGAAAAACUCCACGUGUCAGCAGAUUUGGUUGCUAUGGAAAGCAGAAUAGUAUCCGAAGAAGAACAAGACUCAAACUAUGUAGAGGUUCCGAGUUAUUCAGUGAAGACGUUUGUUUCGAAGUACAAAGUUCCAAAACAUUUUGGAGUGUUGUCUAUCGACGUGGAAGGAAUGGAAGACAAGAUCAUACGUCAGUGGGUAGAACAUGGAUUCCGACCAAUGUAUAUUAUACUAGAAUUCUUGCACAGAACUCGCGAAAGUCAGGUUGCUAUCACAAAUCUUCUUAUUGAGAAAGGCUACACCUUAUUCGGAAUAAAGGGAUUCAAUUUCAUAUAUGAAUAUGAUACGAACUUAAUCGAUAAAGAUGGUAAAUAGUUGUGUUUCUCAUGACCAAGAGACAUAUUUUGUUUCGCCUAUUAAAUAGUGUACAUGUAUGGUUCCCUUUUCCAUGUAUUACAGUGAUUCUAUAAUGAAAUACUAUAUUUUUUAAAAUGUGUUGAUAUUUGCUAUUCGUUUAACACAUUCUUACUGUAAAAAGCCAUUGUUGAAUA